GUCAGGACGCAUCGCGAAUGGCAGAGGGACUUGUCGGUCAAGAGCUGGGCGGGACGCGGGUCUGGCGGCCUCGUUCGAACCGCAGAGCCGGGACCCGCGAGCAGCAUGGAGCGGCUGGGCCGGAGCGCGGCGCGCGCGGGGGUCGCCCCAGAAGUUGGUGAUGAAAGGGAAGCAGAUGCCCAUGAUCCCUGUUGCUCUUUUGAGAUGAAGCAACUCUUUGGAGAGUUCCAUAUGUUGUAUCAAGAGCGCCUGCGCCAACUCGAAAUCAUGGAUGAUACACAGGAGGAGAUUCUCAGAAUGAAGGUGAGGCUUCUCCAGUCCUACGUAAUGGACCUGAGUGACCAGAAUAGCGUCUUAGUUCAGACGAUGGAAGAACUGGAGAGAGAGUCUGAGUGGAAGGUGGCUACACUAGAGGCAGAGCUUCAGCGCCCAUCCCUGGCUCAGCGCCCGGUGCCAACAGAACACCUUUCAGGAUCCACGGCAGCGCAGCGAACUGUCACUCCACCACAGCAAAUGAUGGAGCAAGAAGAACUGAGAGUUCAACUGGCAUCUAAAGAGCAGCUUAUUCAUCAGUUAAAUGUCCAUCUGAGGGAGGCAAAUCACAGCCAGGAAAAGUCAAAAGCAGAGGUUCUGGAGAAGGAAGCUAAGAUUCAGGAGCUGCAGGAGAUAAUCACAGACCUUCACCAUGAAAUUUCCCUGAAGGACUCAGAGGCAGUCAAUCAACUGGAGGAGAAGCACCUGCUGGAGACCACAGUGCAAUCCCUCAGGCAGAUUCUGGAACGCCGAGAUGCAAAAAUCCAGACUCUUCAAAGCCAGCUCCUGCAGGACAAAAGGGAUGUGCUGGCCACCGAGCUGGAUGCUCAAGAGCAGAGGAUCUAUCAACUGCAGACCAAGCAGACGGAGAGGCAGGCAGAACUGGAGCAGAAAUGCAGCCGGAUCCAGCAGCUCGAGCAAGACCUGGAGGCCAGCGGCAGGCUACAGGAGGAAUCCCAGAGGCAGCUUGGGGAGUGUAAUGCGUGUCUGGCCCAGGUAGCAGGAGAGAAUGAGGCUCUACGAGGCCAUCGGCUUGAGCAGAUGUUAGCGAUUGAGAAAUUGAUGUCCAGCCUGAGGACCUGGGAAAAAGCCAGUGGGAGUCUUUCCUGUGAGAUGCCAGCACGCCAGUGGGAGGAGCAGGCAGAGCUGCAGCAGAGACUUGCUGAUGUUCAGGAUGAGCUGCGGGAGAAAGAGACAGCAGUGCACAGGCUCCAGGCCGAGCUGCGGGAUGCUAGCCUGCUGGCACAAGAGACAAAGAAUCAGCUUACUGAAGCAGAGGUGGAGGUGGUCACCAUGAGGAGCAAAUCUAGCAUGGCACAGAAAGAGGCUGCAGAGAGAGGUGAGGUGCUGCAGAGCCUUCAGGAGGCCAGCCAAGCACAGCAGCUGAGGACAGCAGAGCAGGACGGGACCAUCCGCACGCUGCAAAGCCAGCUGCAGAAACAGCUGGAGAAGCGCCAGGGCGCUGAGGAGCAGAUGAGCAGGCAGCACCAGACCAUCCAGGCACUGGAAGAGAAGCAAGCCCAGCUGCAGGCCCAUUGUCACCACCUGGAGGAGGAGACUGGCUUUCUGCAUGCCAGGCUGGAGGCCCAAGGCCUGGUGCUGGAGAAUGAGCACAUGCUGGUAACCAACCAAUCACGCCACAGAGAGGAGCAGGUGGAGAUGUUAACGAGAGAGCUGCUGAAGGCCAAGGCUGAGGUGCAAGCAGCCGAGCAGAAGGCCCGGCGCUGGGAGGACACCAUCGGGCAGCUGAAGGAUAGCCUGGCAGCGACCCAGGUCUCACAGGAGGCAGCCGAAUCCAGAGCCCAGCACAAAGAAGAGCAGCUGCAGGGUUUGCAGAGGAAAGGGCAGUCACUGCACCAGGAGCUGAAGAUGGCGCAGAGAGAGGCGGCCCAGCUGGAGGCGCUGCUGAGCACGUCGCAGCUGGAGUCAUGCUCCCUGAAGAAGGAGCUGCAGAGGAAAGACGAGGAGCUCCAGCGCCUGCAAGAGCAGCUCCGAGAUUCGCAGGAAGCACUGCAGGGUGCUAGGCAAGGGAAAGAGGACGUCCAGAAGGAGUCAGAGACCCAGCUGCUGCAGCGUGACCAGGUGGUGGAGCAGCAGAAAGCGGAUCUCGUGGCAGCCCGAGAGGAGCUCUCCAGGUGCACAGGGCAGCUCGCAGAGCUGCGCUCAGACCAACAGCAGCAGGCCAGGGAGCUGGCCGUCCUGAGGGAGAGGCAGAAGACCGCGCAGCAGGAGGUGUGCAGCCGUGAGCAGACCAUCGGGAAGCUCAGAGGAGACCUGAAAAGUGCUGAGGAGGAGCUGGCGCGAGCGAAGGAUGAGGGGAAGGAGAGAGCCGCAGAGGGGAGCGGCCUGAAGGGAAAGCUCCACCAGCUGCAAGAUGACGUAAGAAGCCUGCAAGAGAUCUGCAGGGAGCGGGAAGAGGCCAUGGCGGAGCAGACCUGCUGCAUCCAGCAGCUCCAGCACGAGCGGGAAAUCUGCAUCGGUCAGGGCCAGAAGCAGGCAAUGCUAGUGGAGCAGCUGCAGGGAGAGCUCACGUCCCGCGAGCAAGCCCACCAGACAGAGCUGGAGCAGCUGCGGGCCAAGCUGCAGCACCUUCAGCAGGAGCUGGACGUCUGCAAAGGGAAGAACCAAGAUAAUCUGAGCCACCUGCAGCAGCGGGAGUCCACGAUGGAGAGGCAGAGCUCGGACCUGGAGUUCCUGCUGCAGCAAUGCCAGACGCUGAAGGAGGAGGUGUUGUACUACGAAGAGGUGGUGCAGAAGCAGGAACGGGAGCUCUGCCUGCAGCAGGAGCAGCUCCGAGAGGCGCAGGAGCACCUGGCCAUGGCCAAGAGCAAGAGCAGUUCCACCGAGAGCAGCCUGGAUCUGUACAAGAAGAAGUACCAGGCCGCCUUGAACCGAGCUGGCGAGCUGGAGGGCAAGGUGCAGAGCCUGGAGGAGGAGCUCCGGGACACGAGCAGCCAGAUGCGGGAGUGCGAUGACACCAUCAUCAGCCUGUGCAGCAAGCAGCUGGUUCUGCAGCAGGAGAUGACGAGCAGGAGGAACCAGGCGGCCGUGGAGCAGCUGGCUCAAGAACUUCACGCCACGCAGGAGGAGCUGUCCAGGAGCCUUCAGCACGCCCACCAGCGUGAGCAGAGCAUCCAGGGCCUCCGAGAGCAGCUGGCUGCCACUCAGACCAAGUGCUUGGCAGACGAAGAGACUCUGGUGAACAUGCAGACGGAGUUUGCCUCCUACACAGCCACUCACAGUCACGCCAACGCCAGCUACGAGAGCCAAGCCGCCAUGGCAGAGAAACUCCAGCAGCAGCUGAGCCACGCCGACGAGGAACGCGCCAAGCACAGCCAGCGGGCCGAGGAGUACCAGUGCCUGGUGCAGGACUUGAAGCUGGAGCUGGUGCGAGUGGCUGAGCAGAAGAACAGCGCCAUGAAAGCUCUCGGGAAGCUGGAGCUGGAGGUGCAGAGCCUGAGGCAGGACACAGCUGCUGAGGGGGAGCGGAAGCAGCUGGAGGUGGCCAAGCUGCAGCAGCUGAUCCAGCCCCUGGAGUUCAAGCUACAGGAGAGCCGCCGGCUGUGUGCGCAGAAGGAGCAGGUGAGCCCAGGAGACGGGGACCCAGAGGAGGGACAAGCCAGGGGCCCUGGGCCAACAAGCCUUCGCAGCAGGAGCAGCUCCAGCCUCCCCGCAGGUCGCAGGCAGCUGCGGCAGCACCUGUGGGGCCCUGGGGAGGGGGCUGGGCCGGGGGGCAGGGUCCAGCCUGCGGGUGGCGUGGCCCCGGGGCAGUGUCUGGCAGUGCUGCGGUCUCUCUUGGCACAGCUCCUGCAGAGGAGGGAUGAACAGCUCCGCCAGGCGCAGGCCGCCGUGCGGCAGGCGCGCAGUGCCCUGCAGGAGAGGGGGCUGGAGGUGGAGAAGCAGCGCGCAGAGGCCAGGAGCCUGGACGUGCGCCUGCAGCAGGCCCAGCGGGAGAGGGAGCAGAGCCAGGCGGCCAGCGACCGCCUGCAGGAGGAGAUCCAACGGCUGAGACAGCGCCUGCAGGACAGCCAGCAGCAGCAGCAGGUGGCUGCUCAGCAGCUGGUGCAGCAGGAGGAGCGGCUGCUGCUGGCCCAGAGCAGCCUGCAGAACACGCAGGAGCAGCUGAGCGAGCGCGUGGCCGAGGGGGUCCGGCUGGAGCAGGCCAGCCGCAGGCUGGAGGCCGAGCAGCGGGUGCUUCAGGAGCAGCUGUCCAGCAGCGCGGAUGAGGUGGAGCAGAGCAGGAAGCUGCUGGAGCACCUGAAGGCGGAGCUGAGCCAGUGGCAGCAGAGGCACCAGGUGGCUGUGCAGGAGGGGAUGCAACAGCAGCACUCAAUGGCCAAGAUGGAGCUGAAACUGGGGAGCAGUCAGGAGCAGGCGAAAGCCCUGCAGCAGCAGCUCCAGGAGCAGGAAUCCACCCAGCAGGCCCUGCGGGAGGAGCUGAGCCAGCUGCAGGGCCGGGAGGACGAGCGCCAGCGGCAGCUGCGGAGAGCCCAGGAGCGGGAGCGCGUGCUGGCCAGCGAGCGCGAGGAGCUGCAGCGAGAGCUCCACAGCAGCGAACAGGCGGCCACGCUCCAGGAGUCGGCCCUGGCCCGGCUGCAGGCGGAGCUGGAAGCAGCUCAGGCCAGAGAGCAGCAAAGCGCCCGCGCGCUGACUGCGGCCGAGGAGACCCUCCAGGCGCUGAGGCUGACGACUGCGUCCUGUCGAGAGAAGCAGAGGGAGGCGCUGGAGAAGCUCAGUGAGACGGCGCAGGACAUGGCGGCCCUGCGGGCGGAGCUGGUGCGGACACGGGCCAGGGAAGCCCAGCUGGAGGAGGGGACGGUAGCCUGUGAGGAGCGCAUGAGGCGGCUCAACAGGGAGCUGAAGAAGCUGCAGGGUUUCCAGCAGCAGCACGAGCAGGAGGUCCAGGCCUUCGAGCAGCAGCUGGGGGAGCGGAGCAGCCAAGUGCAGCACUGGCAGCGGCGGUACCAGGAGAACGCGCAGGCCCUGGCGCAGCGGGACGAGGACCUGGUCGUAGUCAAGGUGGAACUGGCCUCGUUGAAAGAAAAGCUCCAUGGUGCCGCUGAAGAGAGAGACCGCUUGCAGCAGGACCUCAACGUCUUAAGGCAGAAGUUUGUGGCCUCCAGCAAUGAGGCAGAGGCGCUGCGCUCCUCCCUGGGGGCUGCACGCUCAGACAGCCGCCGGCUGCACCGCGAGAGCGAGCUGGUGCUGGCCAACGUCAGCCAGUGGGUGAAGGAGCAAAAGCAAGCCAAUGACAAACUGGGGCACAAGAUCCGGGAGCAGAUCAAGCACAUCGCGCAGCUGACAGGCGAGAAGGACCACCUGCAGGAGGUGCUGGCGAGGCUGCAGCAGGAGAACAGGCACCUGAAAGGCGAAGUGGCCGAGCGGCGCAUUGAGUGUGAGCGGCUGAAGGCUCUGCAGGGCAGCGGCUUAGCUGCGCGGGCCGUGCUUCGGCAGCCAUGGCCCCUGCUCCUGAGCGAGGAGUGAGGUCCCUCCCUUCUUCCAGCCUGGCACCUGCACGAUGGACCCCGCAAGGACUGUACACGGGACAGGCACGUCCUCUGCACCUACCUCAGCUACCCGUGCGGGCCCCGGGCCCAGCCUGCACUGUGAAAUAAAGCCACGGGCAGAGGCUGUCACUGAGCACAUGUGGUUUGGCCAGGUCGGCGGGGGGGGGCUGCAGCCCCCUCAGCAAACCCCGCUUGCCAGGAACAGCCCAUGUAUUUCAGCCAUUAAAGGUGUUGCUAGUACAGCCCCCAACCCCUAUCCAGCGUAGUCACUGGAACAGCUCUGCUCCCUCCUGCCACAUCCCAUCGCUGGAAGGGGUGCGGGCCAGGGACCGCGCGUAGCACCAGCCCUGAGGCAGUUUCCCCCCCCCCCGAGAGGUGCAGCGGCCAAGGCCCAGCCUGCAGCUGUGAACACCAGCCCUUGGCGCAGGCUUGCGGAGCAAACAGCCCGGCUGAGUACACUGCGAUUUCGGUGGCCAAGGCCCUUGCUCUGACGCCAGGCCCCAGCGAGCAGCCGGGCCGAGCCAGCCCAGGGAGAGGAUGCCGCAGCGCAGGGAGCCCAGCAUUUACCAUUGCCUGCUGUCGUAGGAGGGCAGCGAUCAAGCCAAUGGGGGGCUCAAAGGUCAGCACAUCCCCUUUCCCCACAGCGACAGCCGGGCUGCUGCCUGUUCUCAGCCCAGGAAGGGCACCGCUACCUCAGCCUUAGUGGAAGCCGACAGCAACUGGCCGUGCUGGGCCCUGGACUGGGGCUGCAACCCACAAAUCACUGGCUCUGGGAGGGAAAGGGACCAGAGUCGGGGGAUGUGGCAGAUGCAGGGCAGGGUUCUCCCCCAGCGUAGGUCAUUCACCUCCCCGCGAGGCUGCAGGCAGGUGUGCACUGUCUACGCUGGCGGCGCGCUGGGGAACUUGCACCAGCCCCUCUCGUAGAGCCCUGUGAUGCAGGGGCAGCUGAUCCAGGCCGGAGCCAUGCCAGGCGCGUGGGAGCUGGGCCUCACAC